AUGGCUGAGCACACAGCGAUCCCGGCUCACCCGAGCAUCUUGCUGCUGAACUCCCGGCCUUGGCUCUACGAACUCCAGGUCAGCAGACUCAAAGACGUCACAGACGAGCAGCUGGCGACGGCCUUGCUUGGUGGAUCUGUCGACGUGUGCUGGCUACAAGGCUGCUGGGAGCUAGGCCCUUAUGGACGCCAGCAUGAUCUUUCCGAUCCCGGACGUCGACAACACUUCCAAGACUGCCUUCCAGACUUCUCCGAGGCUGAUUGCAUCGGCUCCCCUUACGCCAUCAGUCGUUACACCUGCAACCCCGACCUGGGCACAGAGGAGGACUUGGCCAACUUCCGGGCCCGUUUGGCCUUGAAGGGGGUGGCGUUGAUGGUGGACUUCGUGCCGAACCACAUGGCGAGGGACAGCCCCUGGAUCGACAUCCCGGACCUUUUCAUUCGAGGCCGGGAUGGGAACGUCGCCUUCGGCAAAGAUCCGUACUCGGGCGACUGGACAGACACGGCGCAGUUGAAUUACUGGUCUCACGCCUGCCGCGAUCACAUGCUCCAGCAGCUUUUGGACGUCGCGGAGCGGUGUGACGGCAUGCGCGUGGACAUGGCUAUGCUGUGCGUGAACGAUGUCAUCGAAAGGACUUGGGGCCCUCACCUCCGUGAGCAGGGCUUCCAUCGGCCGGGCGAGGAGUUCUGGGUUUGGGCACUCCCGAAGCUCCGUGCACGCCACCCGAACUUCCUGCUGGUGGCAGAGUGUUAUGAAUACGAUGAGAUCCUGCCCAACGGCACGAUGCGUGAGUUGCUGCGGCAGGGCUUCAGCGCUGCAUAUGACAAAGUCCUCUACGAUAGGCUGACAGAGGCACACAUGGACAAGUUGCGCGGGCACAUCUUCCACAGCCCAAAUAUGGGUGAAGGACAGCUAUGCCACUUCACUGAGAACCAUGACGAGGAUCGCGCUGCAAAACAUUUCGGGUCUCGUGUGAUGGCGGCCACAGUGGCAUCUCUGACGCUGCCGGGGCCGCGGCUCUUCAUGUGGGGCCAGGCCCUGGGCCUCCGUGAACGCCUGGCGGUGCACCUGAGAAGGGCUCGCAAGGAGGAGGCCGAUGCGGACUUGUCGGCUGUGUGGCCUCGGCUGCUGGCGGCGCUGCCGCAUUGCCGCGGCCGCUGGGUGGGCCUCCAUGUACAUGGUGACGACUCCUGGAGGUUCCUGGCGUGGGGCUGGAAGCCGGACGGGGAGGCCUCCAGUUCCGAGGGCACCGUUGCCUGCAUCGUCGUCGUGAACUUCACCGAUUCGAUGGGCUGGGCAACGCUGAAGUUAGAAGCACUUGUCGCCGGCUCCUCCCAUGGCGACACAAUGGCUUUGAAGGACGCCAUCAGUGGUGAGACCUUCGUGCGCAGCUGCAGAGACCUACGCGAUGAAGGUCUCAUUGUAGGACUGCAGGCGUUCCAGUCGCACUUGUUCCAAUGCAGCUGCCAAUGA